CAAUUACUUCCGUCAAAAAAAAAAUUGUAGAACUACGUGGUUCUCAAAAUUUGUGUGAAUCUCGCGUACAAAUGUAUAUUUUGUAAAUUGUGUACCAGAAAUGUCACUGACAAGCGAAGAUACCAUGUCAACUACGCAUCCUGGCCAGCAAACUGAAAAUGAUUUUUAUGGCAGAGCACAAAAAUAUUGGUCCGAGGUGCCUGCAACAGUGAAUGGCAUGCUCGGUGGACUGGGGUAUCUGAAUAGGAUUGACAUCCAAGGUUCCAGUAGUUUUUUGCGUGAAUUAAAGGACUUGGAUAGAAAUACCGCACUAGAUUGUGGUGCCGGCAUUGGACGUAUAACAAAAAACUUGCUACUGCCACGUUUUGAAACAACGGACAUUGUCGAACAGAAUGCCAGUUUCACGGAGAAGGCACGCGAAUUUUGUACUGAAAAUAAUGAACACCUAGGUAGACUAGGGGAAAUCUACACUAUGGGUCUUCAAGAAUUUACCCCAACAGCCGGUAAAUAUGAUGUGAUAUGGUGUCAAUGGGUUUUAGGACACCUUACCGAAAAUGAUCUGCUCAAUUUCUUCCGCCGCAUACGUAGUGGUUUGUCCACUAAAGGCUAUUUAAUAGUUAAAGAAAACGUCACCUCGUCCAGCAUGGUCGAAGAAGACAAACAAGAUUCUUCGGUGACAAGGCCUUUAAAGGCCUACGAGACAGCUAUUAGAAGCGGAGGAUUCCGGAUUGUGAAAUCCUGGCGCCAGCAGAGUUUUCCCCCAGGUUUAUAUCCAGUUUACAUGCUGGCAUGUCGCCCUACAGAGUGAAAUUGUCUUUACAAAUUUUAGCUGUACUAUAGUAUAUAAUAAAAAACAUUGAAAAUUAAGAAGUGUAUUUUCAUUUAUGAUGGUAUGCAUUAAUUAAUUUUUUCACUUGCAUCUCUGCAAUUUGUUGAGCGAUACGAAUAACAUUUUAAUUGUCAAACAUUGUGAAUUGUCAUGAAAACUUAAGAGGAAGCAGUACUUUUUGUUUCUUUUUGCUACGUAGCGCAUAGAAGUUGCGGCUGUGAAAUUAAUCGGUUAAAAUAUAGAUUUGUUAGGCAUUUUU